UCUUAAAUAAAGUGUGAUUAAUAUAAAAAUAUAUUCAUAUGCAUUUUAAACACAAACUUUAUGUAAUUUAUCACUAAAUUACACUUAAAGAUGCCUUCGCAGAAACUGUAUUACCAGGAGACCUCAGUUAGCUAGAGUUAGUGGAAAACUUUGAUUGAACGAUUGUAUUGUACAUGACUCAGCUCAGCUGAUCUCAAAUUCUUCGCUAAGCUGACUCUCUGAAUUCUUCUCUUCUUCUGAGCUUAACUUGAAUCUUCGCAAAGCUUGCGUUUGACAACUUAACUCCAACGAAAGCUCGACGAUCGUAAACUUUUGCGGUACUUUCAAUGGCGUCUACGGUAUUGAAAGUUUAGCAGCUGGUCUUCUGCUUCUUGGCGGGCAAAGUUACAUGGGUUAGUCUUUAAAACGCGGGCGUCGAGAUCGGUUGUGGGUUGUAUCGCAGACCUUCACUCCGUGUUUUAUCUUAUUAUUAUUUACCUUUUUCUCGCCGUGCUUUAAGCUCUCGCUCUCUUUGGCACGUUCGCUCUUCCAAAGUUCGAAGGCAGGUUGUUACAAUUACCAGUAGAUAAAAAUAAAACGAAAAGUAAAAGAGCUGCAUAAAAACGCAUAAAUUCAAUUGAGCUAAGCAAGUUUCACUUGCUUUUUUGUAUCGCGAGUGACAAAAAUAAAAAAAAGAAACAGACUUACCUUUAUAACAUGGCGCACGUAUUGAUAAUUUCGAUUAAAAAUGAACGCUUUACCGAUUAGAUUACACACAGCACAUCGACAAUUCAACCAGAGACAUUGCGAGAAUAGCCAAAAACCGAAAAAAUAUAAAGAAAGAAAAUUAGGUAAAAAUAGAGAGUCAGAGCGCGAUAACAAAUUACUUAAAUUAUAAAUUGAAUAACAAAAACAAAAGCUAACCGAUGAUCGCAUAAGCAUAAAGCCCGGAAUUCCCUAGAGGAAUACGACGUCACUCUCGCUCUCUCUCUCUCUCUCUUCCCCUGUCUUUUUUUCUCGCUCUGCCCACUCUCUCUUUCGUCGGUCUUCGAUUUCUUAACUUUUCAUUAGUUUCUGUUCUCUACCAUCCGUUGUUCUUGUUGUUAUUAUCGAUAUUAUGGCACCCGCUUUGUGCGCGCGCAAAAAUUAAAAAAAAAAAUAUAUAUAAAAGAAUCCGAAAGAAAGAGAAGAAAACAUUACUUAUAUAUAUAUAUAAUAUAUAUUCACAUAUAUAAAUAAUAAGUAAACCGGUUUCUCUCAUAGUUCGUUGCUGUGUGUGUGUGUGAAAAUUAACAUUAAAAAAGCCAUAUUUUCCACUAUAAAUAAAUGACUUAUUUCGCUCGCUUUGCAUUAAACAAAUUUACAUAACGGCACCAUUUUCCAAAUAAUACAAAACAAAUUAAAAACGUAAAAAAAUAAAAAGUGUAUUUAUUGAUUCGUGUUAAUUUUCAGGCACCUGUUAUUAUUUGCAAGCCGAGUGAUCAAUGCAUAUAGCAAAUAUUCAGUUCACUCCUUCAUUUAGUUAAUAUUUUGGCCACGUAAUGUUUCCCAACCAGAACAACUUGGCCGCUUCUGGGCCGGGUCCAGCGGCUGAUGGCCAACAAAGCCUCAACUACAACGGACUGCCCGGCCAGCAGCAGCCACAGCAGCAGCAGUUGCCACAGUCCACCAAAAAUGUGCGAAAGAAACCGUAUGUCAAGAUCACUGAGCAGCCGGCGGGAAAGGCUCUACGAUUCCGCUACGAAUGCGAAGGUCGCUCGGCGGGUUCCAUUCCGGGCGUAAAUUCCACGCCGGAAAGCAAGACCUAUCCGACAAUCGAGAUUGUUGGAUACAAGGGCCGCGCCGUGGUUGUCGUCUCCUGUGUUACCAAGGAUAUGCCGUAUCGUCCCCAUCCUCACAAUCUGGUGGGCAAGGAGGGUUGCAAGAAGGGCGUCUGUACACUGGAAAUUAAUAGUGAGACAAUGAGAGCCGUGUUCAGUAAUCUGGGCAUUCAGUGUGUCAAGAAGAAGGACAUUGAGGCGGCGCUCAAGGCGCGAGAGGAGAUCCGUGUGGAUCCAUUUAAGACUGGCUUCUCGCAUCGUUUCCAGCCCUCGAGCAUCGAUUUGAACUCGGUGCGAUUGUGCUUUCAAGUAUUCAUGGAGAGCGAGCAGAAGGGUCGAUUCACUUCGCCCCUGCCACCGGUUAUAUCCGAGCCCAUCUUCGACAAGAAGGCCAUGUCCGACCUGGUCAUUUGUCGGCUUUGCAGCUGUUCGGCCACCGUUCUUGGUAAUACCCAAAUAAUCCUGCUCUGUGAGAAGGUGGCCAAGGAGGACAUCUCCGUGCGUUUCUUCGAGGAGAAGAACGGCCAGAGCGUUUGGGAGGCCUUUGGUGAAUUUCAGCAUACCGAUGUCCAUAAACAGACUGCCAUUACCUUUAAGACGCCGCGCUAUCAUACCCUGGAAAUCACAGAGCCCGCCAAGGUUUUCAUCCAACUGCGACGUCCCUCGGACGGAGUCACCAGUGAGGCCCUGCCCUUCGAGUACGUGCCAAUGGAUUCAGGUAAACAUACGUUCUGGAAUCUUCAUCGGCACCUCAAGCGGAAGCCCGACGAAGAUCUCUUUCAGCAGAUCCUCAGGUUGGACGCCAAGCGGGAAGUGCAGGCGCCGACUAUUGAGGUCAUUGAUUUGGAUACACCGAAAUUAGAGGUGCAACAUAAAUUACCAUUGAAUGUGGACUUUAAUCAAGAGGAAUCUCAGCCAGAAGAGUCAGCUUUUGACCAGGAACCAUCCUUACAACAAAAACAAUAUCAAUCAGAGCAAUAUUUGCAGCAGGAACAGGAAACGUCCCUGCAACAGGAACAAUCUUUUCAGCUGGAGGAACCGAUGCAGCAGGAUCAAUCUGUGCAUCAGGAACAGCCAGUACAGCAAUCUUUGAAUGAAAUCCGAGACCAUUUGACCGAUCACACCUCGGAUCAUAUUCCCGAGGAUAUGGAGGCGGCUGAUGCACAGGCAGAAGCCGAGGCUCAUCGCUUGCGAUCUGAGCAGGAAAAAGAGAUUGACACCAUUAUUGAUGAGAAAGUGAGGGAACUGGAGCAACUUGAGCUGGGUCAGCACUUGGAGCCACGUCCCUUGACGGCCAAUGACAAGAUCACCGAGUGGAUGAAGUCUAGUGAGAUUGAACAGCAAGACCAUGACCCGAGUCCCACUGCGGAAGCAGAUGCUUUGGACUCGGCCAUUGAGAUUUCGAAGGCAGACAAAACCCUUGAUGAACUCCUUGAGACAGUGGCCGAACUGGAUGAGAUUUACACGGACUUCAAAGUCCAGCGCGAUACCUACAAUAAUACCAUCCAAAAUGAGUUGGCUGGAAUUCAGGGGCGGGCCCCGCUGCAGGUGGAAGAUAGCUUCGAUGAUGCUGCCACCUACACCAGCCUGCAAAUUGCUUUCAAGAAUCCCGUUCUUAUACCCUUGGAUGAUAUAAUGCCCCCAACACCGCCCAUGUCACAAUGCGCUCCCGAAGAUGCCCAUCAGCAUUACGAUCCCAUAGAGGUGAACUCACAGGCUAAACAGCCAGAGACUCCACCCCGUCCAGUUCCUCCGGCGCCGCCUGCAAUUAUAACGGUACCAUUUCCACCAGAGGAGGAGAAACUGCCGCCCUUGCCACCGAAAAGGAUUCGAAAGCAGGACAGCAAUGUGGAGAAUCGUUCCAUCGAGGCCAACACCGUUCAGGCCAGGCCAUCCACAGCUGAAUCUCCUCUUAAUAAGAAACUUCCUCCAGCACCAAAGAAUCCGAACUUUAAUACCCUGCCCAGGCAGAAGAAACCAGGAUUCUUUUCAAAACUCUUCUCCCGACGAAAGAGCAAACCAGAUUUGGCCCAGGGACAGGAGAACAGCUCUCUGUUAGAUUCCAAAGCGAAUAGUCGGGAGCCCAGCAUAGGUCAUUUUAGCCUGCAGGAUCCGUUGAGGGCAUCCCUCCGCUCCUCCAAGUCAGCAGCGCCUUUAAUCUCUAGUUCCCCACCUGCAAAAUCCAGUCCUGUAAAGGCCAAGAAACCAGGAUCAAAGUUGACCAAGCCUGUGGGCAGGAGUGUGAGCAGUGUCUCUGGAAAGAGACCCGCCUACUUGAAUGCCGACGUGGUGCACAUACCCCUGAAGGGUGAUAGUGCCAACAGUUUGCCCCAGCAGCAAAGAAACGAAGGCUAUUCCCAGUCUAGUACAAUUUCGGUGGGAGCGGGAUUGGAUAGACGCACUGCAUCUGCUUUACAGCUGGCUGACAUACCAAUUAGCGAAGGUGGAAUGGAACUGGUGGCCAUUGCCGAUCGCCAGAGUCUGCAUAAUUUGGUUAGCUCCAUCGAGGGGCACUUCAAUGUCCAGCUGGAUCCCAAUCUGGAUCUAACUGAGGCCGAGCACUUUGCCCUGUACACGAGUAUUCCGCCACUUGCGGCGGCCAGUGAAUUCGAUGAGACCUCCGCCUACUAUGCUCCCGUGGAUGCAGGAGAGAUCUUAACUCCUGACGAGGUGGCCAAGCGAUUAGCGGCGGCAAAUGGUCUUUAAAUUUCUUGGAACU